AGCUUGUCGAAGCAAAUCGGCUCGCAAUCGACCGCAGAUUGACGGUGUGAAGAGGCGCGGACGCGAAUUUCGUCUCUCGUCGCUGCUCGCGGCAGAACGACUGGUCGUCGAGGCAGCCCACUGCUGCCCACGUAGCCUCAUGGAGCCGCCCCUCGACAAGGAGGACCCCCGCGGUCGCGCCGACUCCAUUUUGAGCGACGCGACGCCGCCGAACUCCCCGAGGCGGCGCGGCUCCUUAGAUUUGUCGACGGACGACGAGCGCCGGCCGCCGGCGACCGACUCCGUGCUCGCCGAGGAGAUUAAGAGAGAUAUACUGGACGUCCAGGACCCCGUCGUGGCGACGGCCUGGAUCGUGUUGUUGGUUUGUGGCGCCGAGGCGUGUUCCGUGGUCUGCACGGCGCGUUUGCUGCAGGCGUGGCCGUAUGCACUUUCGGUAGCGUGUGCGGAGUUGCUCCUGGGACCGUUGACGGCUCUGCCGUUCUGGCUCUGUGGGGCUAGACCCUGGCCCUCGUUCUACGGCGAGGACGUGCCGCGCUUCUGGUUUCCUGCGGCGUUAGCUCUGGCUGCUGUUUCUGUGAGUGCGACCUUCGCGGCCGAUGCCCGGGGCGCUCCGAUCCUCCGAGACGUCGAUGUGGACGGCGCCUGGCGGUCGUUGGCCGCGACGCGGCGCGACGUCGCCGCGGCCUACGCUUCGCUGUCUUGGACUGGUGGCAAGGUCGCCGCGUCGAGUACGUCGACAGACGUCCUCGCGACCUUUGAUAGGUUGGGGCCUCGAAGCGCAUUAGCUCCGUCCCGAGCCAUGCUGGAAGCUUUAGGAGCCUACGCCGGCGCGAAUCCUAGACCGUCUUCGACAUAUGGGGCGGCCGCGGCCGUCGCCGCCGCUCUCAUAGCGUCGCAUAUUGCAUCGAUACUGUCAUCGGAUGAGACGCCGGGCUUCCUGAAUCGCGACGGCGAGCCCACCUCGAAGCUCGGGGUCUUGGCUUGUCUCGCGUUCGGGAGCGGAUUGCUCGCAGCCACGUGGCACGCCGCGGCCCACGCUCAUACGGCCCUCGGCGUCGACGAGCGCCCGCCGGCGAACGUGGCGUCGUCCCUGAGCUUGUUGGCGGGGCUGCUGCUCCUGCCGUACGCUUAUCUGAUCCAGGGUCCCGAAGCCCUCUCAUAUGAUACGAAUUCGAGGGUCGUCUACUUGGUCGUGGCCGCGGCCUUCGCAUCCCAAUUAAAAAGGGAGCUCCAGGUCCACGCCUUGCGGAGCCUGCCGCCCGGGGCCGCCGCGGUGUUGGGGGCCGCGCGGGGCCUCGCGGUCGCGCUCGCCGUGGCGGCGGGGGCCUAGCGUUCUUCUACGGGGGCUUUUAAGGGGUCUCUUAGAA